AUAAGGGCCAUGCAUGCUUACGGGUUUAGUAAAACGUACCGCUGUCUUCUCUUGUUCUAGGACCGGGUGCGUGCAGGUGGAAGGCGGGGAGCACGGACACACCUACUGGACUUGUGCGCAUGCGUACGCGUCACUGCGAGACUCUACCCUUACCUGCAGCCUCGUGUCCUUUCUGUAAAUUCGAGCGCUUGUGUCUGGGCAGGCUCUUUGAAGUCGCAGUAAGUUCGACGAAAAGGACGCUUUGGAGCCGCAAGAAACACGUACGUGGGUUCGGCCGAACAGGUGGAUGAACGCCGGUACAAUUUAUGCCAGCCGAGUUUUAUUUCACGUGGACGGACCCGGCAUUCUCCACAGGUGAAUAAGGAGCAUCAAAGACGUGAACUACAAGUUGAAAUAAAAAUAGCUUUUUAUUUCCACUGAACCGUCUAAAUUGCAAUAGAAUCCUCGACAAUGUGAGCAAUCUGUGGCAGGAACGGGUUACGUCUGCUUCAAACUGUUAGCUGAAUCAGGCCAUUGAGAUGAAGACAAGACGGCCCAUCCCAGAACGGGUAUAGAGCAGCUUUGUAAUACAAAUGACUUCAGUUGCAUUGCCAGUGUCACUCGACAGGAAUGGAAGGAUGAUAAGCAGUGUCACUGAGGCUCAUUGGCAUAGAAACAGAAAAAAGAAGACAGUGGAAGAGGACAGUUUACUUACAAGUUUACAUCUGUUAAAGUUUUGAAAAGUCUCAGAAUACCUACUAAAACAAAUCACUGCUUGUGGAUUUUGUUCAAGUUAAAUGAAAAUAGUUUUGAUAACGACUAAUUUUUCUUUUUUCUUUAAUGGAAAUCAAUUAUUUUUUUCAAUCAGCCAAACAGUUUGUAAUUUUAAUACUUUAGCAGAGUAUUUAAGUAAAUGCUAAUGAAUGAAGUCAUUAGUGGAUUUUCUUUAAAACCCCAAUUAAAGCAGACUUAGAAAAUGGUCCUUCUUGUCUCCGCAUUUUGAUCCUUAACCAACACUUCUCCAUCCACUUCCACCUGGGUGAACACAAAGAGAAGACGCAAAUGAAGAACAUCAGUUCGCAGUAAUCCCCCCCGGAUUCAAUUAUCAAAAGUGGUGCACCUUCUUGAAAGAACACAAGAUGUCGGAGCUUGAAGAUCUCUCUCCACCGAGGACUCCAGCUGACCCUGUGCAGAUUCAGAGGAAUGUUUUAGAAGAACAGGUUGAGCUGUGGUGGUUCAGGGAUCCAAAAAAAUCAAUCCUCUGCUACUGUGCUUCUCUCAUCCUUAUACUCGGCUGUGGCCUAGGAGGAGUUGGUCUGCUCUCCACCACCAGCAGCAUAUCCAGCGAGUGGCGGCUUGGUGUUGGAAUGAUGUUAUGCCUCCUGGCCCUCAUUGUUCUUCUUAAACAACUUCUCAGUUCAGCCAUCCAGGACAUGAACUGCAUUCGCAGUCGGGCCCAUAUUGAGAUGCUCAAGAGUGGAGGACUGUCUGAUCAUCUAGUUAUUCUGCUCACUGGGUUGAUACUUGUGAUUUGUGGUACUGUCUUGCUUAUUAUUUCUGAUUCAUUGAGCGCAGAGCGGCCCAAGGCAUCUCCACAUAAUGAUAUGUUCAUCACAGGGGUUGUGUUGGCAACAGCAGGUGCAACAACUAUGAUUUCAUUAGCAGCCUAUGUUGUUUGUUUUAAACACUGUCAGCAAACAAGUGGAAGCCCGAGGCAAUGGCAGGACAGAUUUCAUAUUUACACCAUAUCUGGGCAAAUUGCUGGGAACACAAGAGAGACUACUGCCAGCACGACCAACUUAAUUUAAGGAAACGUCUUGGGGAGAAAUAUCUCCUGGUAAGAAGGACCGCUUCAAAAUCGACUUUCUCUAAGAGGUUUACACUCCCAACAAAUGAAUUCUUUUUAAAGAUCCCCAAAUCUGAAAUUUCAUGUGUGACGUUAACUUAACAAAAUUGAGAGGUGCAUA